AUGGAGGUCGACGGCGCCGACAAUGCCUCACCAAUCGUUCGAACUAAGCCUUAUACUCUAAUUAACCAGAAAGUUGACUUGGAUAUUGGAUUCGACCAACGUAUCAAGGGCUCGACUCAAUUAACCAUCUUUCCUGAAUACACCGAUUUGAAGGCCAUUGUACUCAAUGCGCGACAAUGCCGAAUCAGAAACAUCACGGUCAAUAAAUUAAAGCCGGACAAUAUUGUCUAUGCGGAUCCAUGCGAUACGUUGAACCUCCACCUGGAUGGAUCUGUGAAUCAGCAUCAUAUCAUCGAGGAGAAGUUGCGUGGAUCUUUUCAAGCUCCUCCUGAUCCAGAACUUGUGAUCUUCUUACCUUCCGACCUGAAGAUCGUAGAGAAUCCAGAGUUUGUGGUACAAACUGCAACUGGUGUAAAAUCAUCCAAAGUGACAGGAAAUGCACAAACCGAAGCGGAAGCUGCUGAAGGAUUGGAGGAUGCGGCAGUAUCUAAAUACACGAAACUAGAAGUUCAGUUCGACUUCGUCACUAUCCACACUCGAGAUGCCUUACAUUUUUCCGUUGGACCUCCUGGAAGCGGCAGAUGGCCACAUGUUUACACUCGAGGAGGUUUCCUUCCAGGCCGAGCCUCAUGCCUAUUCCCAUGUAUCGACUCCCUGUAUUAUCGCUGUACGUGGGAGAUAUCUAUCACAGGACCACGGACGGUUGGAGAUGCACUGCGACAGAUUUCUGGUGAAUCCGCACAAGACUCGACCUCCAAAUCUGAGAUAGAGCCAUUCGAGGCCAAAGAGAUGGUAUAUGUAUGUCCUGGAGAAAUCACUGACGACGUGGUUAGUAAGAGUGAUCCUACAAAGCGAACAGUCUCUUACUCUAUCUCGCGAGAUGUGUCUGCGCAGCAUAUCGGUUUCGCGAUCGGGCCUUUUGAGGAGGUUGACCUGGCCACACUUCGAGAAGCCAAGCAAAUUGAGAUGCUAGGAGAAAACGCUGCUCCAAUUAUGGCCUAUUGUCUCCCAGGGAAGAAAGCGGAAGUAGAAUACACGUGCUUGCCUACAACGGACGCCCUUGAUCACUACGCAUCACAGUAUGCUCCAUAUCCUUAUCAAUCAUUCUCAUACUGUUUCGUGGAAGAUCAUCCUGACCGGCCUGCAUCAUUUGCUGGAUUAGUGGUCUGCAGCAGUAGAAUGCUUUAUCCUGAAUCGAUCAUCGAUCCGCAGCAAGAAGUCACGAGGUUGUUGAUACAGACAAUAACCACACAAUGGCUAGGCAUUCAGAUUGUUCCUAAACAGCCCGAAGACACCUGGGUCGUGGUUGGAUCAGCACUGUUCCUUGCAGAGCUCUUUAUGAAAGAGCUGUGUGGCAACAACGAGCAUCGCUGGCGCAUGAAAACAGUGGCAGAUCAAGUGUGCGAACUUGAUCAUGAAAGACCUUCGAUCUGGGAUAUGGGACGGAUUUUGCACGUCGAUCCAGCCGAGUACGACUUCCUCGCCCUCAAAGCGCCUCUUGUACUUUUCAUCCUCGACAACAGGAUCAAGAAAGAGCACGGCUCACAUAAGAUGGGGGCGAAUAUCGGAAAAUUCAUGAGCAGAGCUCGGAUGGAGGAUUUAAAGGACAAUCUCCUGCCAACUCAAGAGUUUUGCAAAAUGACCGAGAAGGUCUUACACGCGCCGAUUGACGACUUCGUCAACCAAUGGGUCAAAGGCGCAGGAACCCCCACAUUUACUAUCGCACAAAAAUUCAACAAGAAGAGAUUAGUGGUUGAAAUGACGAUACGACAAGGAUUAGCAGAGAAUGCGCUGGCUAAAGAAUUGGAGGCCGACAACUUCAUGCGUGAUGUUCGAGAAGAGUUCAAUGGCGUCUGGGCAAAUGAGCCACAAAAUUUGUUCACUGGACCGAUGACGAUACGGAUACACGAAGCAGAUGGCACACCCUACGAGCAUAUUGUUCAGAUCAAAGAGGCGAACCAAAAGAUUGAGGUGCCAUACAACACAAAGUACAAAAGACUGAAACGGAGCAAGAAACAGCGAGCCAAAAACGCACCUCGAGUGGAAGGUGACGAAGAGCAAGAACCGCUCUUGUAUUGCUUGGGCGAUGUGUUGCAGGAGGAUGAUGAAAUGGCAGAUUGGCAAAUCAGCGAGUGGUCGGCCGAAGAUGAGGCGCGUAUGAACACUGAAUCGUACGAAUGGAUCCGAGUAGAUGCAGACUUUGAAUGGAUUGCGAAAGUCAGUCCUUUCUUGCCGGGGCCAAUGUUUGUUUCCCAAUUGCAGCAAGACAAAGAUGUUGAUGCUCAGCUUUUUUCACUUCAGUCGAUUGGGAUGUACUCGGCCAGUCGACUGAUAUCGUCUAUUCUGGUUCGGACAAUGAUGGACAAUCGCUACUUUCAUGGGAUCCGGCGAACUGCGGCAGAACUAAUGGUCAAACACGCGUCCUCUGAGAAAGAUAUCGGAAUGAUUGGAUUGUUCCAUCUCAAGAAGGCGUACGAGACGCUGUAUUGUGUCAAAGAAGGCGACGCAAUCAUGGCGCGGCCGAAUGACUUUUCGGACCAGCUAUCUUACCGAGUACAGUGUGCCAUCCUUGAAGCAAUUUCCAGGGUCAGGGACGAACGGGGACAUGCUCCGGACGAAGUAAGGAAGUUCUUGUUUGACAAGCUAAAAUUCAACGACAACUCUCAGAACGAUUACUCGGAUGCUUACUUUGUGUUGAGUCUAUUGAAAGGAUUCACCAGUGUCAUCAUUGCUAAACCGGAGCCACCAGCUGAGGAUGACCUUAGAAUGAUGACCUUAGCCGAACAGAUUGUGUGGGGCAACAAACAGCAAGAAGAGAGGCAGGCUCUCGAUGAGAUUGACCGAUACCGACGCAUGGAUGAGUGGACCAGUUCAUACCAGAAUCUAUAUUCUCGAACAGCACUCGAGUGUCAGGCCCGAUUAUCAAGGGCGGGAAUUAGGCAUUUUACGCCAAUGCAUUUUCUGCAAUAUGCUCGACCAGGAAAUUACGACAUGCUACGAUGCACAGCAUAUGAGAUGCUUGCAGCAGAAGCUUUUCAGAUGGAUCGCUUGCUGCACAAUUUCGUGCACGGCAUGACUACGGUCGGAUCGCCCUACAUUCGACAGAGAAUGAGACAAGCAUUCGGUAAAGCGCUCGCACGGAAAGCUCUGGGGCUAGGGUCUAGGAAACCUAUCGUCGCUGCAGCACCCGAAGUACUGAACGACUUGACGGUCGAUGCUGCACCGGUAGCUGCGCCAAUAGCAGAUGCGGAACGCCGAACGAGUAUCGACGGAGCACUCAAGGCGUUAAAAGUCGAGCUAGCAGACAACUUGGUACUCAAAAAAGCACUGUGGCAAAGUCUCUGUCAUCCGGAUGCGGGAUACGAAGACGUUAGGGCAACGCUUGAAUUCUGUCAAAUGCUAUACGAGAAACAUGAAGAAGCACGGUUUGCCAUUGCAUUACCACACUACUGGCGAUGCGAGUACAUAGGCAAUGGUAAACUGACAUUCCGCCGAAGCGAUUCGGUGAGGACCAAAGCGAGGGAAGUCUGGCAACCGCAAAAGGCGACCGAUGCUGCAACACUACCACGUCCAGCAACGUCUGGUCCAAAACAGGCAGUGAAAAGCAGUGGCCUGACACUGAAGUUGACGAACAAGAAAGUAUCUGUCUCCCAUGCAAGAACGCCGCCUGUAUCAGCAACACCAACACCACCCCCGAGUCAACGUCCUUCGCAGUCCGGAUCAUUGAAGGUGAAGCUAAAAAUCGGUCGAGCAUCGAUAUCCGAACCUGACCCAGGGCAAUAG